AUGAACCCUCGAACUCAAACCCCUCCUGCGCCGGGCGAGCGGUCCCGCAGCCCCAGCAUGGUGAUCCAUGUCGAACAAACCGUCACCGUCGAGACCGUCUACGAGGAGCCGCUCGCCGCCGACUCGACUGCCCGUCCCUUUGGCGACAACAGCAAUUUCUACCAAGCCACCGUCUCUGCUGCCUCGCAACUUGCCCGGGCCCUCUUCUCUGCGCCAACCCCCCAGAGCCACCACAUCCACGAACACGACGAUGACAGCAACUUGCCUCUGACCCGUCCUCAAACCCGCAAAUGGAUCUGCACGGCAGUGCUCCUAGCCAUGGCCAAUCUCAUAACAUAUGCGGUCGACAGUAUGAUGAGCGUGUUGGCUCCCACAAUCGCAUAUGAUAUCGACGUUCAGGGCUUUCAGUGGCUCCUUGCAGGCCCUGCAAUCGGUGCGGCAGCGACGGUUCUGGCAGCCGGCCAGCUCUAUGCGGUUCUUCCGUUCAAGGCGGUUUACACCCUCUUCGUGGUUCUGCUCCUUCUCGGUAUCAUGUCACCUGGCUUCGCCUCAUACAUGACUUUCCUCUUCUACACACGCGUUCUCGUCGGCGUCGGUCUGGCCGGACAACAACUCGGUGCCCUCAUCUUUCUCGGACACAACGGUCAGUUCGUCGACAAAGUGCGGCGCGAUUUCUACAUCAGCAUCAGCACCGCGCUGGGCUUCAUCAUCGGUCCCAUCUUGGGAGCCCUCUUCUCACACCGACACAAGCUGUGGGGUUGGGGCUUCUACGCAGCUGCCAUGCUCCUGGCCCUCGUUCAGAUCGUGCUCAUCUACCUGCUGCCAAACAAGUUUGACAUGGACCAGAAUGCACUGUGGAACGUUGGAGACAUUCUUGCCUGGGGCAGCUGGAGGGUGGUUGUACGCAUCGACUUCCUGGGCUGUGUACUCAGCUUCUUUGGCAUCCUCACGCUCCUCAUCUCCUUCAAUCUCGCCGGUUCCUGGAUCGCCUGGUCGGACGCCUACCUGUACGUUCCGUUCGGAAUGGGUGGAAUACUCAUGCUUCUGCUCUGCAUCCAGCAGUACUUCCAAGUCUGCGCAUCGCGGUUGACCCUUCUCUUCCCAACCCGAUACCUCCGAUGCUUCAAGACCACCGCACUGUUCAUUCUAACCUUCCUCACUUCCGGCAUUUUCCAGGCUGUCUUCGCCUACUCGGCCCUGUACCAGCUCCUCACGCGUCCAGGCCCGUCGCCAAUCUCAACAGCAUUCUAUUUGUUGUUCAGCUUUACCGGUCCAUACCUGAUUCCCCUCAUCAUCGUACCGCUCUAUUUCGGUGGUGGGCUCAUCAAGAAAUAUCCGCGCGCGGCGAGCCUCAGUUUGUGGAGUGUCGUCAUAUCGGUGUUUCUGGUGACCGGCACACUGCUCCUCUUUCUCAACACACCUGCCCGACUCCCGCCGCAAGGGUUGCCGACAAUUGCGAAGCAAUUUGCCCUGGCCUGUAUUGGAUUCUGGUCGGCCGUCUCCCUGCCGCUGGCACAUCAGAUCUUGGAUGUCUUCCAGCCGAUUGAUCCUCCCAACCCGCGCCAGAAGCACCCUUACCACAACCGCUCCUUCGUUCUUUUCGCGACAUACCUCGGCGCCGCCGUGGCCUUGACAGUCACCGGCUCCAUGUUCAUGCACAUCGGUCCGCGCGCCACGCUUAGUCUGCUCCAUGAAUAUCAGGGCCAGCACCAACCCCACGGCAUCGCGGCUACGCCAGAGGAUGCUCGGAUUCUCAUGCUCGGCUACACUUUCAUCCUGCAAGGCGAGACACCAGCACUGUUCGCCGCCAGCAUUAGAGCCAUCGAGAACACUUUCGGAUCGAUUUUCGCCGUCCCGCUGGGCUUUGCCAUUCUCAUGCUCCUCCUCAGCCUGGGUUACUUGAUCGGCAAACUGUACCUGGACGGCUGGAAAUUGAAAACCCUCACUGAGAGCGGCGUGCCGGACGAUUGGCGCAAGGCCGUCGAACACCGCGGAAGGAGCCGUACACGAGUCGAGGCUGGAGGACGCGUGACCGAGUUGGAGGAGAGAGGCACCAGCAGCAGCGCGAAUUUCGGAACCGCCACUCGUACAACCCACGUCCGCGGCCCUUGCACUCCAACGCUGCCUUGA